AUGCUGAUCUGUAACUUGCUUUAUUUUCCGCUUCACAUCCAUGAUGAAAAAUUUAACCAACCAAUAUUCUUGUGCAACAAUAUUUCUAGACUUGUGGAGCCUGUCAUCCCAGAUGACCAGCACAGGGCACUGUACUCAACUCAUGCCUUUAAGAUCCUUUUCAAGGAAAGGGGUUUGGGUCGUGACAGUUGUGGAACAUUUGUUCCUCUAUUUUUCAACUUGAUCAAGUUAGUGAGGCAAUAUAACCAACAAUAUGCUUCUAGGGAGGAGCAGCGUGCAGAUCCUUUGCAAGCAGCACAGACUCCAGUGGAUGAAAUGAUGAGACACGCAUAUGUUGAUCCGAAUGAUCCAACAAUAAUUUUUCUACAGCAACCCACUCCAGAAUCACAGCUGAGGCACCGCACGUAUCACUCCCAGCCUGUUGAACAUUCAAUAGUUUUUCUAUAUGCUUUUUUUAUUCAUAGGAAAUAUAAUUCCUGUUCUUAAGACACCAUCUUAAUGCUAUAUAUUGGAUUGUAUAUCUUUUCUUUUAACUAGAUGAUAUGCUUGAGGCAACUUUCGGUAUUGUGAAUUAUGUGAAAUAGGAUCUUUGUGUGCUGGGUUAUUAGAGGUUUGUGGUGAAUAAAAUAACAUCCUCAAAAAUAUCGUAUAAAUGAUUUGUAAAAAAAUGGAUUUGAGUGUUGUGUGAUAUUGUAGCCACCAUUUUUUGUUUUUCUA